ACAUUUAUCCGUUUCACCAUGCAAUCCGCCUGCCUCAUCGCUCUUCUUGCUCUCAUCGCCGGAGCGUCGGCUCAAUGCUUCGGAGGUGGAUGCGGAGGAGGACCAAUCUUCCUUCCACCACCACCAUGCUUCGGAGGAAACUGUGGUGGAUGUUCGGGUAACAACUGUGGAUGCAAUGGAAAUAACUGUGGACCACAAGUCACUGUAGUCCAGGUCCCGAAUAACAAUAACGGAUGCUCGUGCAGCCCAUGUAACGGACCAGUUUGUGCUCCAAUGUGCAAUAGCUGCCCACCACAGCCGAUCUUCAUUCAGCCAUCUCAAUGCUGCAAUAAUAACAACUUCUCGUGCUGCCCAUUCCGUUUCCGUCGUCAUAACUCUGCUGCCGCCGCUUCAGCUGAGAACACAGAAGAGGCCACCACCGCUGCUCCAACCCAAGAGUAAAUCUCUACGAUCGUCUGAUUACUUGAUCCAAUUUUUGUAUAUACGAAACCUAGAUUUAUACGUAAUAAUAAACACGUUUGAAUUUAUA